CUUCAAAUCUUGGAUCGGCCUUCGGGAGGAAGUAAUACUCCAAAAGCAUCCAGCUGGAAUUACAAACCCCAAAACGCUAGAUUUUUCCUUCUUGCUUAUACUCAUCUUUGAACUAUAUAUACACAUUCUUCAAAGUCCAAAACAUAUAUUCCACUUAUUAUAUGUCUUCCUCUUCUUCUAAUUCUGGUAGCUCUUGCCUCAAUUUAUUGGAAGCUGCUGAUCAUAAAACCUCCAUGGAUUUGGCUCAAUCUUCUGAACAUCUUUGCUACGUCCGUUGCAGCUUCUGCAACACUAUUCUUGCGGUGGGAAUUCCAUGCAAGAAGCUGUUGGAUACAGUGACAGUGAAAUGUGGGCAUUGUGGUAAUCUUUCCUUUUUAAGCAGUAGACCUCCACUUCAACCCCAAUGUUUUGAUCACCAAUCCACUCUUCAGCAUCAAGAUUUCUUCAGCAAUUUCAAGAAGGGCCAGUCUUCAUCUUCAAGUGAACCAUCAUCUCCAAAGGCACCUUUUGUUGUAAAACCUCCUGAGAAGAAGCACAGGCUACCAUCCGCCUACAAUCGGUUCAUGAAAGAAGAGAUACAACGUAUUAAAGCAGCACAUCCAGAGAUUCCACACCGAGAAGCUUUCAGUGCAGCAGCUAAAAAUUGGGCGAGGUACAUUCCUAAUACUCCAAACGGGACCUUGGCUGACAGCAGCAAUAAUGCUUAGGCAUUGGAGGAGUGAAGCAAAAUUUGGGAUCUACGGAGAGAUACUAUGAGUCUGCUUGGAAGAAAUUAAUUAAUAUUAGGAUGGUUGACUUCAAUUUGUUUGUCUUGUUCUCAACCUUUUAAAUUACUUUGGUACUCUAUAUUAUCACGGAGGAUUAGUCUCUUCUUAUUUGCUAGUUUAAACUUCUGUAGUAAAAAUGAAAGAAUCUUAUGAUAUAU